AUGGUAUGCACAAGUCUUCGAAGCAAAUACAGCUCUUGCCAGCAACUGAACGACAGCACAAAGGAAAGCUUAUUUCUCCCUCUAGUGCACAGCUCUGGCAAUGUGGAAUCGUGUCCAUCAUCCCCUCUGUUUAUCCCAACGAAACUGGAGAAUAAGUCAGCAGGGAGGACAGGAAGACACGUCAAGGACAAGGACGGUGGGUCCACAGACAGCGAGGAGCCCCCGGCAGCUGCUAUUAAAGAGACCUCCCAAAAGAGGAGACGCAAGAGUCAAACCAAUCAGAGCACGAGCAAAGACAAGACGGCUACAAGCACCAGACGGGACAGUGACAUCUCCCGGCGGUUGACCUCGUCCCAAAAAUAUGAGGGCCAAGCUUCAUCUGCCAGACAGGAGCUGGAGCACAAAGAAACAACUGGCAGUAGUGAAGCACAACAGAUUCAGGAGCUUAACAUCAACAAGACAGGCAACGUGCUUGACUUGUUACAGGAUGAGGAAGUACUGACUAAGCAGAAGCGGGAGAAACCGAAGGAGUCAAAUGGGAAAAGCAGAGAUGGGGAUGAACAGACGGACUUCUGUGAACAAUGUGUGCAGAUGAGCGUGGAGCUGGAGAAGAGCCCAAGCAAGCACAAUUGGUUCCAAGCAAACAUGCUACAGAGGUGUGGGCUCCAGAAGAGACUGCCGUUGAGCCCCAAAGCGCCAAACUCAGAUGUGGAGCAGAGCGAAGAGAGCGACACUGUCUUACAACCAGAUGGAGAGCCUGAAAAAGAUGAACAGGACAAGGGAGAAGAGGAGAAGGAAGAUGAAGUAAAGCCUGUUCAAGUACAAGACCUGCAAGCUCAGCUGGAAGCCAUGAUCACAGUGCUGAGCACAUCGGAUGAGGUGGAGCAGCUGGUUCUGAGGAACACCGACCUGACGGACGACCUGCUGCUGACUGUGGCGGGCGCCCUGAAGAGCAGCGCGUCCAAGGUCGCGCUGCUCAACCUCAACCUCAACCUCAUCGGCCCAUAUGGCGCUCACAUCCUGCUGGACGUCAUGAGGGUGAAGCCUCAGGUCAAAGGUUUACACUUGUUCGGAAACCGACUCCGUGACCAUGGCGCAUUGGCCCUCCUUAGUGGGAUAGCAGAGCUGCAGGAGCAAACAUCAAGAGCCGCCGCCAUCCAACAGCAGCAGUUGCUCCUACAGCAGGCAGUUCCCAGCCUCACCGUUGGCUGGAGCUCUUUCAAGGUGUUUUCACUUUUAGAACUGGACAUUGGGGGUAACAACCUGAGCGGGGAUGGGAUGAAGGUGCUGGCGUCCUACAUGAGGCACCACUCACACCUGCAGUAUUUAGGUCUGGCUCAGACGGGCGGCGCUGACCUGGCGGCGUGGAAAGAACUUUUUGACAGUCUCAAAAGAAACAGCUCACUAACGCAGAUCAUUCUAGAUGAGAAUAAUCUGGGCGACGCUGGGGUCAGACUACUCGCAGACGUGUUGAAAGCGAACACCUAUCUGCGGAUGGUUGAUCUGGACAGGAACAGCAUCGGUGAUGUGGGAGGAAACGACCUCGUAGGGGCUUUGCUUUGCAGGGGCCAGUUUCCGAUGAGGCAUCGGAGUCUUGCCGAGAACAACAUCAGCUCUGGACUCAUGAGAAGGAUACAGGAAGAGGUGAAAUGCAAAUGA